CUUGACGCGACAGUUCAACAAUAUUCUACUUUAUCUCUCGCUCGAAAGUACUAAUAAUGUAUGAUAAUAAUUUUUUACCAAAAUUAUCUGAAAAUUUACUUGAAAUUUUAAAAGAUAAUGAAUUUUAUGAUAUUACUAUUGAAGUUGGUAAUGACCCUUACGUAAAAAUUUUUCGAGCUCAUAUGGUCAUUUUAAAUUAUCGUUCCACUUAUUUGAGAAGAAUCUUAUCAACUAACGUUAAUAGAAAUAAUAAUGAUGGAAGUUUGACGCAUAUUAAAUUACCAAAUAUUUCACCGGAAAUUUUUGAAAUGAUCUUAAGAAAAAUGUUUGAUUUCUCUUAUUCAGCAUGAUAAUAUUCAAAAGAAUGUUAUUCAAGGUUGGGAACAUGUGCUUAAAUGGGGUAUCGCUCAAAAUCCAGAACUUCCUUUGGAUCCUUCUAGUUAUUCAAAAGAUGAUUUUAUUACUUUAAAAAAUACUUUACAACAAUUUAUUCCUUUUAUUAAAUUUUUUAAUUUAACUCCUAAGGAAUACUUGUAUAAAGUAUAU